GUAAGUGAAAAAGAAAUAAAAGAUUAAUUACAAGUGAAACAGCAACUUAUCCCUAUAGUCACACAGUGUUUGGUACAACAAAAUAAGGUUGGUUUGUUGCCCAGAUUUGUUGUUACAUUACAGUGCAUUCACUUAGGUCAAGCCUCAUGGAAAAACCAUGUAUCAGCAGGUCAUGGAAGUAUUUCCCUCACCACUGGUUGAUUUUUUAUACUGGAUUUCAUUGACUUUUACUAUUUUUCUCCAAUUAUUUAACUUGCAAUCUCCUACAAAUAUCUGUUUUUUUUAAUCAAAUUAUAAACAUUAACAUCUUCCCAUGUUUUUAAAUAUCAGCCUAUAUCAAUUAUUUUGCUUCUUGAUAUACUAGUAAGAAUAAAAAAAUAACUUGCAUAUCAGCUGGCUCGCAGUUCAUAAUUGAUUCACGAAUCGGUUUACAGCCAAUACGGUCGAUUCGGUUGCUAUAAAUCUCUUUUUUGCGAAUAAUGUUUUUCAAAAUUUUAUGAUACUUUCUUAAUACUUCUGCACUGUUACAUGGUGAUAUCAAUUUGUCUCCCAAUACCGUUAUUUAAAACUUUGCACCUUCCACAAUGGAACCUUUGCAGAUCAUAUACAUACCUCAGUCCUCAAUGAUCUCUUAGACCCUCGUUAAAUGGCUGCUGUGACAUCCCAAGAAGCCUUCUCUUCCACUUCUUCAUCUGCUUACCACAUUUUCUUGAGCUUCAGAGGUAAAGACACAAGGAAGACUUUCACUGACCACCUCUACACAGCUUUGGUGCAUGCCGGUUUUCGCACAUUCAGAGAUGAUGACGAGAUCGCAAGAGGCGAAAAUAUUAAUUCAGAACUGCAAAAGGCAAUCAUGCAGUCAAAGAUUUCAAUAGUCGUCUUCUCCAAAAACUACGCGUCUUCCAGAUGGUGCCUUGACGAACUUGUGACAAUCUUUGAACGUAAAAGGACUUCUAAACAUGGAGUUUUACCUGUCUUCUAUGACGUGGAUCCAUCCCAAGUAAGGAAACAAACGGGAAGUUUUGCUGAAGCAUUUGAAAGGCAUGAACGGAGGCUGAAGACGGAAGGCGGUGGAGGAAACAAGGACCGGGUGGAGAAGGUGAGAAGAUGGAGGCAAGCACUCAGAGAAGCUGCAGACUUGGGAGGGAUGGUUUUGGGAAAUCAAGCUGAUGGGCAUGAGUCAAAAUUCAUCCAGAAAAUUGUGUCCGUGAUUGAAGAUAAGCUACACCGUACAGCCCUACGUGUUGCACCCUUCUUAGUUGGAAUUUAUCAUCGAGUGAAAAAUAUCAACAUGUGGUUAAGAGAUGGCUCUACCUAUGUUUGCAUGGUCGCAAUUUCUGGGAUGGGCGGCAUAGGAAAGACGACUAUUGCCAAAUUUGUCUACAAUUUAAACUUUAAAAGAUUUGAAGGUAGUAGUUUUCUGGCAAAUAUCAGAGAAGUUUCUGAACAACCCAAUGGCUUAGUUCGUUUACAAAGACAACUUCUUUCUGAUAUUCUAAAUGGUAGAAAGGAAAAAAUAUUCAAUGUUGAUGAAGGAAUUGUUAAGAUCAAAGAUGCCAUAUCCUGUAAAAAAGUUCUUCUUGUUCUUGAUGAUGUGGAUCGAGUGGAUCAAUUAGAUGCAAUACUUGGAAUGCAAGACUGGUUUUGUUCAGGAAGCAAAAUCAUCAUUACAACUAGGAACGAGGAUUUGUUGAAGGCACAUGAAGUCUAUAAGGUGCAUAAAAUUGAAAAACUAGAUGCCGAUGAAUCUCUUAAGCUCUUUAGUUGGCAUGCUUUUGGACAAGACCACCCCUUUGAAGGUUUCAUAGAGCAUUCAAGAAGGGUAGAACGUCAUUGUGGGGGGCUUCCGUUAGCUCUUCAAGUUUUGGGUUCUUCUCUUUCUGGGAAAAGUAUCCAUGUAUGGGAAAGUGCAUUAAAGAAGUUGGAAGUAAUUCCUGAUGAUCAAAUCCUUAGAAAACUUAAAAUAAGCUUUGACUCUUUACAAGAUGACCAUGACCAAGAUUUGUUCCUCCAUAUUGCUUGUUUCUUUGUUGGGAAAGAUAAAGAUUGCACGGUUAAAAUACUUGAUGGAUGUGAUUUCUACACAACGGUUGGGAUUCAAAAUCUCAUUGAUAGAUGUCUCUUAACAAUUGAUGACUAUAACAAGAUAAAUAUGCAUCAAUUGCUCCGAGACAUGGGAAGAGAAAUUGUUCGCCAAGAGUCACCUAAGGAGCCCGGGAAACGUAGCAGAUUGUGGCAUCACAAGGAUUCCUUUACCAUUUUGAGAGAGAAAACUGGCUCAGAAACAAUUGAAGGCCUUGCGCUUGACUUGCAUGCAUUUAAGGCGGCUAAAUCUGUAGGGACAAGUUUCAGUCAAAAUAAUACAAAAGCACAACGCUUCCAAGAACAUGACAAAUCAUCACUGGAGGACCAAGGAAAUUCACUUCAACAAUAUCAUUUUGGCUUCCCUUUCUUGCACCGGAUAGACACUGCUUUACAAAAUUCAAACAAGAUAGUCCUGGAAAUUAGUGCAUUUGUAAGGAUGCACAAACUAAGACUCCUCCAGCUUAGUUAUGUACAACUCUCUGGAAGUUACAAAGAAUUUCCUAAAACACUAAAAUGGUUGUGUUGGAGUGGGUUCCCUUUAGAAUCUAUACCAAUUGAUUUUCCGGUGGAGAGCCUGGUUUCUCUUGACAUGCGUUAUAGCAACAUGAAACAUGUUUGGAAUGGAACCAAGUUUCUUGGAUUAUUAAAAAUUCUCAAUCUCAGUCAUUCUCACAAUCUUGCCAAAACUCCUGAUUUCUCAAUACUCCCUAAUCUGGAGAGAUUGAUUCUUAAAGAUUGUAUAAGCUUAGUUGAGGUUCAUGAAUCCAUUGGGAACUUAGAGAGAAUUGUUUUCUUAAAUCUAAAAGAUUGCAAAAAUCUUAGGAAUCUUCCACAGAGCAUUAUUAAGCUAAAAUCUCUUGAGAUGCUCAUUAUUUCUGGUUGCUCAAAACUUAAAGAGUUGCCAACAGAGUUGAGGAAAUUAGAAUCUUUGAAAGUAUUUGCUGCCGAUGGAAUCACAAUAAAUCAACUUCUUGCUACCACUAGGGAGCUCAAAUCAUGGCAAGCAUCUCUUUGGUCUUUGGUAUCAAUGCCAAGGAAAAGUCAAGAAAUUUCAUGGGCUUCUUUACCCCACUCUUUGGUGAGCUUAAGCCUAGCGGACUGCAAUCUAUCUGAUGAUAUCUUUCCCAGAGACUUUAGUGACUUGUCCUUGUUGAAGAACCUAAAUCUCAGCAAAAAUCCAAUUCAUAGGCUGCCAGAUUGCAUCAGAGGUCUUACUGGUCUCCAAACGCUUCAGUUAGAAUCCUGUACAAGACUCAAAUGGCUUGUAGGGCUACCAAGUGUAAAAAAGUUGAUUGUUUCAGAAUGUACAUCAUUGGAAAAAAUAACAUUUCAAUCCUUGUUACCAAAUUUCGAAGUUGCAUUAAGUCAGUGCUACAAUUUAGUUGAGUUUCAAUCCUCCUUUAAGAUAGAACCAAUUGAAGAAGUCGAUAGGGAAAUGAUCAACAUUUUGGGCUUCCCUGACUUGGCAUCCAUGGAAAACAUUGAGAUGGACUUUGCAAAUGGAACAUUAGGACUAUUCCACACGAAGACCUGCCCCAUCCAGGCACUGCAUGAAUAUGGUUUAUUCAACACAUUUUUUCCUGGAAAUGAGGUUCCAAGCUGGUUCAACCAUAGAAAUAUGGGAUCCUCAGUAUCUUUCGCUGUGCCUUCACUUCCUAAUCUCAAGGUUCGAGGCCUGAAUGUCUGCACUGUGUAUGCAUUUUCUGAUGACGAGAGAGAUAAAUUACCUCAUCCAUUAUUUGCUAAAAUCGUAAACAAGAGCAAGGGUUUGAAGUGGAUUUACGGCCCAUCAUGCUUAGGGGUUCCACAAGAAGACAAUGGACAUAUGAUAUGGUUAAGUCAUUGGAAACUUGGGAAUCAGUUGGAUGGUGGUGAUGAAGUGAGUGUCUCAAUAUUCAUGGAUGUUGGUUUUGAGGUGACGGAGUGUGGUAUCAACCUUGUGUACGAGCAAGAGGAGAGAGUGGGUACUCAAGAAAACACCUCCAAUCCUUCUUGCCAAGUCGAUAUUGAUGGAGAUUUAUCGAAAUAUGAGGUGAUGACAGGAACAUAUUUCCUAUGUGGAGUAAUCGAGGAGGUCUAUGACUGGAGUAGCUUGGACUGGUUUGAAAAAUUAAUCAAAGACUCUGACGAAACUACAGGGUUAGUCGAAAAUGAAGAAAAUGGUAGUGCCGGUCUGCUAACAGUGGCAGUUGGAGGGAUUGGCAACAACGAUGGUGGUGGCCAUUCUAGAGGCCAGAAGGUGCGUGUUCUUGUUGGGAUGUUCCUUUUCUCUCUUUCAUCUCUUGUUCUUCUCUCUCUAAGAAUGAAGCGACAGGCGACGAAGGAUAAAAAUAAAACUAGAGAUGACUAAAGCUUAGAUUGCAAAGACAUUGAAGAAAAAAAAACGGA